UUCAGGCCCCCCAAAAUGGCGAGUGAGGUCGUGGGUACGCGCUGAGCAGCGAAGGCGAGCGUGCAAAUCCUCUGCGGCCCUUCGUCUGGAACCCGGCGGGCCCUGCCGCCCGGAACAUGCACUUUUCCAUUCCUGAAACCGAGUCCCGCAGCGGGGACAGCGGCGGCUCCGCCUACGUGGCCUAUAAUAUUCACGUGAAUGGAGUCCUGCAUUGUCGGGUGCGCUACAGCCAGCUCCUGGGGCUGCACGAGCAGCUCCGGAAGGAAUAUGGGGCCAAUGUGCUUCCUGCAUUCCCCCCAAAGAAGCUUUUCUCUCUGACACCUGCUGAGGUAGAACAGAGGAGGGAGCAGUUAGAGAAGUACAUGCAAGCUGUUCGGCAAGACCCACUGCUUGGGAGCAGUGAAACCUUCAAUAGUUUCCUGCGCCGAGCACAACAGGAGACACAGCAGGUCCCCACAGAAGAGGUCUCCUUGGAAGUGCUGCUCAGCAACGGGCAGAAAGUUCUGGUCAAUGUGCUAACUUCAGAUCAAACCGAGGAUGUCUUGGAGGCUGUGGCUGCAAAGCUGGAUCUUCCAGACGACUUGAUUGGAUACUUUAGUCUCUUUCUAGUUCGAGAAAAAGAGGAUGGAGUCUUUUCUUUUGUACGGAAGUUGCAAGAGUUUGAGCUCCCUUAUGUGUCUGUUACCAGUCUACGGAGUCAAGAGUAUAAGAUCGUGCUAAGGAAAAGUUAUUGGGACUCUGCCUAUGAUGACGAUGUCAUGGAGAACCGGGUGGGCCUCAACCUGCUUUACGCUCAGACAGUAUCAGAUAUUGAGCGUGGGUGGAUUCUGGUCACCAAGGAGCAGCACCGGCAGCUCAAGUCUCUGCAAGAGAAGGUCUCCAAGAAGGAGUUUCUACGGCUGGCCCAGACAUUGCGGCACUAUGGCUACCUACGCUUCGAUGCCUGUGUGGCCGACUUUCCAGAAAAGGACUGUCCCGUGGUGGUGAGCGCAGGCAACAGUGAGCUCAGCCUCCAGCUCCGCCUGCCUGGCCAGCAACUCCGCGAAGGUUCCUUCCGGGUCACCCGCAUGCGGUGUUGGCGGGUUACCUCCUCUGUGCCACUGCCCAGUGGAGGCACCAGCAGCCCAGGCCGGGGCCGGGGUGAGGUGCGCCUGGAACUGGCUUUCGAAUACCUCAUGAGCAAGGAUCGACUACAGUGGGUCACCAUCACCAGUCCCCAGGCUAUCAUGAUGAGCAUCUGCUUGCAGUCCAUGGUAGAUGAACUGAUGGUGAAGAAGUCUGGUGGCAGUAUCAGGAAGAUGCUCCGCCGGCGGGUCGGGGGUACCCUGAGGCACUCAGACAGUCAGCAAGCAGUGAAAUCCCCACCGCUGCUUGAGUCACCUGAUGCCACCCGGGAGUCCAUGGCCAAACUCUCAAGCAAACUGAGUGCUGUGAGCUUGCGGGGGAUUGGCAGUCCCAGCACAGAUGCCAGUGCCGGUGACGUUCACGGCAAUUUCGCCUUCGAGGGCAUUGGAGAUGAGGAUCUGUAA